CGAGGCGGCGGCGGCGGCGGCGCGGAGACAGGAGCGGGUGGAGGACACAGGCCCAGCGGGCGCACGGACCAUGGCAUCCAAGUGCCCCAAGUGUGACAAGACCGUGUACUUCGCUGAGAAGGUGAGCUCCCUGGGCAAGGACUGGCACAGAUUCUGCCUCAGGUGCGAGCACUGCGGCAAGACACUGACCCCCGGGGGCCAUGCCGAGCACGACGGGAAGCCGUUCUGCCACAAGCCCUGCUAUGCCACGCUGUUUGGACCCAAAGGUGUGAACAUCGGAGGUGCCGGCUCCUACAUCUAUGAGAAGCCCUCUGCUGAGAGACCUCAGGUCACCGGCCCCAUCGAGGUGCCAGUGGCCCGAGCUGAAGAGCGGAAGGCCAGCGGCCCCCCUAAGGGGCCCAGCAAAGCCUCCAGCGUCACCACGUUCACCGGGGAACCCAACAUGUGUCCUCGCUGCAACAAGAGGGUGUACUUUGCCGAGAAGGUGACGUCUCUGGGCAAGGACUGGCACCGGCCGUGCCUGCGGUGCGAGCGCUGUGGGAAGACGCUGACCCCGGGCGGGCAUGCGGAGCACGAUGGCCAGCCCUAUUGCCACAAGCCCUGCUAUGGAAUACUUUUCGGACCCAAGGGAGUGAACACCGGGGCCGUGGGCAGCUACAUCUAUGACAAGGACCCCGAGGGCAAAGUCCAGCCCUAGGCCUCCGGGCCCCCCUGCGGGGCAUGGGCCUAUCCACACAGGCCCCUGGCCCAGUGCCCACUGCUUGGCUAUGUCGGGAGAGUGACCACUGCCCAGUCCUGCCUCGGCACCUGCGUGUCCAGGGCCUGAGUGUUGGGGGCCGAGGCAGCCACGCUGGGCAACCUCCAGAGGCCCAUCCACCCGUUUUCUCUGGGUGUCCCCGGCCACCCUUACCCUCUUUUGUGUCCUCCUGGCCCUAUGUGUCUCCAUGCCUGUGUCUGGGGGCCCCACGUGCCCACGGUGGGUCUUCCUGAGGUGGCCUUCCCACUCCCCCCCUCAUGCUGCCCCUCGCCUGCCCCACAGUGUUAUUUAUGCUCCCGUCACCAGUAACAGCCGCAGCACGGCCUUCACAGUGUUCCAGGGGCUUAGGGCAUCCCCACCAGGAGCCCUCUGCCAUCUCCCGCCCAGCCUCGCACGCACCCGCCCACCGCCCUCACGACCACUGCCGGAGUUUUGUUACCAAUAAAAGAUUCUGAGGAUCACACAA